GAUAAACUUCCUCUUCAGCUGGAGAAACCUACUUCAAUGUAAAAAGAACCAUUUUAAGCUGCUUGACUUUCAGCACACAGUCUGUCUUCCUAAGGCUUCAAGCAAAAAAGAUGAUGCUUGCUUGAUAGGAGAUCAAUGAGCAGGAGAGGACAUUUUUAAAGAGGCUGCAGGAAAAUGGCCAGCAACCAAGUAAUACUGGUUCUCUUCUAUGGAGAAAUCUGGAAAUCACUUUCUACAGCAAUACCUCAAAACGUUUCCAUGAAUAAAAGAAAUGUAUACAACAGUUUCAGGACUCCAACAGAAGACAAAGCUCCUCUAUACCAAUUGCAAGCAACUGGACCCAGUUUACACAAAUCUGGAGAAGCGCUGACCAUUACGAUACCACCUCACUUCCCCAAAGCAUAUGCAGAACCCAGCAAUGGAAGCUGGAUAGCAGCACUGAUAAUUGGCAUCAUUUUGAUUAGUAUGAUAAUGGCUAUUAUUAUAAUUCUUCUGUGGAAAUGCUGCAAGAGGCCAGUUAUAGUCGAUUCAAAUUGGGCAGGUCGUUCUCCAUUUGCAGAUGGAGACACACCAGAUGUCCUCAUGGACUCUGACCAGGCUACCAAACGUUCAUCAGUUUUAUUUAUGUUGCCUUGGAAAUUGAAACAAGACACAAAUUUACAGCAGGAUCCCACUGCAUCAGAGAAACCACCCAGCUGCACUACCAGUAACGAAAACAGCCAGUUGCCUCCACCGGCCGAAGACUACUCUGUAGCCAGCAUUUCAGUUUCCAACACGGGCGCGUCUCCAGCCCCCACCUCAGAAGCAGCAAGCUGUGCACGCGACUCCUGUCCUCACCCAGAGGCCUUACCUGAAUUCCCAGAUCUGCCACCUCCACCUGACUGGCUCAGGGAACCAACUGAGGAUCACAGAUCAGAUCUCAUCAGGGACCAGGAAUUUCACUCAGAGGAACAAUUGCCCCCGCCACCCGAGUUUCUCAGUCAAGUUCAUGAACCACCGCCCCAGCUGCCACAGCCAGAACACCCUUUGUAGACUGCCAAAAUUGAUUUCCAGCAUACCUCACAUUUUUCUUAAAUGAAGUGUUCUUCAAAUAACUGAAAAAAGGAGAAGUUGACGCAGGCAAGAACAGGGAGACCACAGCAUGGGCACUUCCCCAGUGUUUCUUAACUUCAGCUUUCACAAAAGGGAACCACCUGCUUCUGCCUGAAGCAAAUAAUUUUGAAAUACAAUAUGGAUUGUGCCCACUAUUUAUCUAUAACUAGAGAUUCCGGAUUUUUGGAGACUACAGAGAACGUAUACCUUUGUGCCUCAGGCUAUACAUGUAUGUAACAUACAUAUAGACCUUGAGGGAGCUUCUUGAACUCCUUGAGGGUUUCUUGAAGGGAGCUUCAAGAAACAGUACAGCUUUAGAGGUACUCAAAGCUUCUAAAAAUUGUUCUAUAUAAGUGAAUGCAAUGAAUUUAAGCUAAUUUUAAUAAAGCUU